AAACUCUCAAUGUUGCUAUAAAAGUGGGCCCACACACAGCUGAACAGCAGACGCCACCAUGGCUGAGUUUGGUCAGGAACCCAAACCUGGAGACCUGAUUGAGAUUUACCGCUUUGGCUACAAGCACUGGGCCAUCUAUGUGGGAAACGGUUAUGUAAUCCACCUGGCUCCUCCAAGUGAGUACGCAGGGGCUGGCUCCAGCAGCGUCUUCUCUGUUCUGAGCAGCAGGGCGGAGGUGAAAUGGGAGCGCCUGAAGGAUGUGGUGGGGAACUGCCACUAUAGGGUCAACAACCUCUUGGACAACAAGUACAGACCACGCCCUGUGAACCAGAUCAUUUACUCCGCGAAGGCAAAGGUUGGUCAGGAGAUGGAAUACAGUCUUGUGUGGAAGAACUGUGAGCACUUUGUCACCAACCUGAGAUAUGGUGAGGCCGAGAGCAGGCAGGUAAGGCCCUCUUUGAGACCAUCCCACCCCUUCCUGGAGGUCUCAUUGGGUUGGGGUGACCAUCUGCUCAGCCAGAGGGGAGAAUCACCAUGAACCACUGGCUGGGAGUCAGGAUGUCUGAGUUCAAAUAUUCAAUCAGCUUUGAUCCACUGGGGGGAGGGUGUCUGUGGACAGGACAUUCCCUCCCUGGGCCUCAGUUUCCCCAUGUGCAGAAGGAGAAGUUGGAUGGAGGACCUCUGGAGGCCUGCCAGUCUGCCUUCUAGGAUCCUUCACCUCUAGGAUCCACCUUAAAGGCAGCUCUUGAUGCCCCCAAAGGAUGUCAGGAAGAGUGUGGGCGAAGUCAACAUCAGGACAGGUCUCCUAAGGCCCCAGAGAACACUCAGGUGAAGGAUGCUCAAGGCCCAUGGGCUUCUGUACAAGCUCAAGGUUUCAUUUAUGGAAGGUCUGGGGCACAGUUUCCACCCCCACCCCCUCUGGCUUCCAUGUUUGUUUUUUGCAAAACACAGCUAAUAAGUCGCAGAGGCAGGAUUCCAACCCCAGCUGUCCUUCUCUAGAGUCUCUUUCUCCCUACCGCCCAGCUGCAGAAACCGCAUGGCCAAUAAUGUCAAGU